AUGGCGAUCAAAUACCUUCUAUUCGAUUGUGACAACACCCUUGUGCUCUCUGAGGACAUUGCUUUUGAUGUCUGCAGUGGGAUUGUCAACGAGAUCCUGGAGAGGAAAGGCAUCACCGCUCGCUAUUCACCUGAAGAGUUGAUCUCUCAGUUUGUCGGCCUCAACUUUCGCAGCAUUAUGGUCGUCCUGCAGCAACACCUCGGCUUCACUCUGGAUCACGAAGAAAUGCGAGACUACAUCAAGCUCGAGGAGGACCGUGUGAUCGAAAACAUUGAGGCGAAAGCUCAGCCCUGCCCUGGGUCGAUUGAGACGCUCCAAAAGCUCCGUUACGAAGGCAAAUACAAGUUGGCCGUCGUCUCCUCCUCGUCCAUUCGACGCAUCAAAGCAUGCCUUGUGAAAGCCGGCCACGACCGAUUCUUCCACCCGGACAACAUCUUUUCUGCUGCCGACUCCCUGCCAUUUCCAACCAGCAAGCCAAAUCCCGCUGUCUACCUUCAUGCAGUCCAGCAGCUUGGGGCCAAUGCAAAGGAAUGCUUGACUACCGAAGACAGCAAGUCCGGGGUUCUAGCGGCCGUGAAUGCAAAAAUACCAUGUCUGGGAUACGUUGGUUCUACACACACAAGAGGGCAGAAGCAGGAGAUGGCUGACCACCUUCUUGUUACCGGAUGCAAGCGAAUCAUGUGGGACUGGAGCGAGUACGAGAAGCUCUUGGCCGAGAUCGAGGCUAAGAAGUGA